UUCCACCCUCCUCCUCUUCCUCCUCCCUCCUUGGUUGUUUCUCCACCCCCCCCCCUUUUCUUCUCCUUUGCUUCAGUGUUCUCCCAGCUGUUCCCGUGGAUUAUCCAAGCCGCUCGCUCCAGCAACAUGGGGAACAUGGCUUGCGUUCCCCAGGCGCCGGGGAGGUUCCGAUAUUCUUUCUCUCGGAAACCCUCGCUCAGGAAAGAGCAAGACAGCAAGAAAAAGCUCACUGGCCUUUUCGGCUUUGAACCAGGACAGGAGAGGGACGUUACUUCAGACAAAAUACUCCAGUAUAUUCCUGGAAAGAAUCUCAUACCCCAGGAGAAUGAGAAGGAAAAUUUGGACCAGCGGUUCCCAGGCCUGCUUAAGAAGGGGAGGAGAAAGACAGUGGUGCGGAAUUUGGGGAAAAUUAUCUAUUACUCCAAGGUCAAAUUUAAAUUUGAGCAUUGUCAGGAGGUGAAUGACUGUUACUUGGAACUUUUUCAAGCCUACCUCUAUUUCCAGUCUCUGGGUCCCAAUGGACUCACCUACCAGGGUUUGCUGCCUCUGAGAGAGCUUCAGCUGAACGAGCUCGAAAGUCCGAAAGGAGCCCAGCAAGAGGUUCAUGCUUUUCAAAUUACAGGUCCCUUGCUGAGCCCCUUGACCGUCUACUGCCCCAGCAAGUCGGAGGUCAAACGCUGGCUGUACCACCUGGAGAAGCAGAUUCACUUGAACGGAGGAAGCCUUGAUUUCCCCUUCCUGACCCAGAAUGAAUGGAAGCAGAGCUCUAUCGGGAGGGAGGAGUUCCGGUGGUCCGUGCAAAAUGCUCCCGUGCAAGAGUGGAGAGGGACCCAGCGGGAAUCCCUGGGCAACGUCCUGUGUGUGUCUAAAGUGAAGCUGCAGCAUUUGCCUUUCCAGGAACAGCACGACAGGCUCUUGAUCUUGUAUCCAUCCACCCUCGUAAUUGUAUCAGAAGAACGCAAUGGCCUCUACUUUAAGGGAGAACUGCCCCUUAAUGCAAUCCAAGUGCAUUUUGAAGAAAACCAGAAAACCUCUUUUCUAAUAGAAGGCCGAUUAAUCAACUCCAUUCGGGUGAUUUGCCCCAGCUAUGAAGACUAUAAAGAAUGGCUCUACUGUCUCAACACAGCUCAGUUCCACAACGCUGAUUCCUCUCUUUCUGGAUCAGAGAGCUUUUCAAGACCAAAUCCACCACACCAUGCUCAGUUCUCAGGGAGUGGGAGAGGUUCACUCACGUCUGAUGGCCGAACAAACUCCUGGGCAUCAGGAGGGAAGGGGGCGGCCUCCACCCACCACUCUCAGAACAGUACGGGCUCCCUUGCCGAGAAGCAGUCAUUCAAGGUGAUGCCAGAUAACCAGAUAGCUGAUGGUCCUCUACCUCAACUCGUCCACUGUCCAGGAAACCCAGUAUCCACAGGGGUGACAAAAUCUGAACUGAAAAGAAAAGGAAGUUCUCGGAAGUCUAAAGGGAAGGGAGCCCCAGCGCCCCAGCCGCCGCCACCCAACACUCAGGACUCUGAGAGGAACCAUUUCCAACUCAUCCCCGAACACUCCAAAGGAGAAGUCUUGUCUCCAGUGUACAAUGAGCCGUAUGCAGCCCUGGCCCAACAGCAACACCCCUCUGUUCCCCCACUGCACCUGGAUGUGAACAACCUGAAACAAUGGAACUUGUCAAGAAGUGAGAAUUGCACCGCAUCCCAGAAUGUGGAGAGAACACCCCUGUCUUGUUCCCCCAUGUAUGCUGAUCCCUAUACACCCAAUUCUCCUUCUUCCCAUGGGGCAGCAGAUUCCAAGUUCAUGGAAGAGUUCACGAGAUGCCACCGACGGUCUUCUUUGGAGCAGCUGAACGGCUACCCUGCCAUGCCAGUCUCUGUUCCCAUCACCCAUCAUCCUCCAGUGCAAAAUAAGAGCUGCCAGCCACUACCUGGCCACCACUGGCGAGAGCCAGCAGCGGCUCAGAGAUGCAGUCCUACUACUUUUAAUUUUUCAGUGAUGCCUCCUCCUGACAUGGAUUAUCUGACCACAAGCACCUUAUCAAGGGACAGGGAAGAACUUCCAACGCCGUCCUUGAUGACUUCAGAUGAAAGCAUAGGAAACUACGACCUCCCGAAAAGCGGACGGGAAAGGGUGGACUCUGCCUACCACGAUUAUGCGGAGCUCCAGAGUUUCCAGAGUGACUUCAGUUACGACAACAUCUGGGAUACCGAAGCCAAGGUGCCGACAUCUGACAAGGACAUCUACCACUGCUAG